AAAAAAAAUGCUUAGAAAAAUUUAUUAUUUUCUACUAUGUAAUUGCCUUCUAGUUUCCUUUUUUUAUAACAUUAUACUCUUGGGAGAAAUCUUACAUUGUUCACAUCGAAUCACUAUAAUGAAAUCGUGGUUUGUUAAGAAACUUAUUUAGAGAUUGAAAUCCUACUGAUGUAAAAAGGAAUAGAAAGCGAAUGAAAAAAUUGAAAUUAUAUGUAGAAGCGCAGACCUUUGCUUUACGUCGUUCGUACUACCUGACCCUUUGUGUGCGUGCAUCCAUUACUCUUGCCUUGGCUUGAUAAACUUCUUCAUGUAAUAUUUAGUAAAUGGAAUUUGACGAAGAAACAUCUGGGUUUCUUAUACCCCACGAAGAAAAAUUUUUGAGCGGGUUCAUCUAUAGUAUCGGAUCCUUCUGCAAGAGUCUUGAGACUGCUGACGAUCCCUCUGGAAAACAACGUCUAUGUGAUGAAGUGCUAGAAUAUGUACAGGGUUGCCAACAACAACCUACGCUAUUAGAUAAAAUACUUUCGAAGUAUGUUCCCAUAUUAAGCAGCUAUGUUCAUUCAAAUGAAAGUCUAGACAACCUUCUCAGUUCUUUGGUUGUGUACAACUUUUGUCGAAUACGUGGCCUUAAAGUCAUUCGCGUCUUAUUUCCUACAGAAGUGCAGCAAGUAGAAAUCCUUUAUCAUUUCCUAAAAAAUGAAGAGAUUUUGUCAUGGCAGACCAUUUAUGUAAACCUUUUAUGGCUUUCUCAAUUGCUAAAUAUCCCCUUCCCUCUUUCUUCUAUUGAACAAAGCAGUAAUCUCCAACAACGUAUUGUGAGCCUUUCUCUCUUUUUUCUAGACAGGAGUGGAUUGGAAAGAGAAGCUGCUUCUUUGGUUUUGGCGCGUUUACUCUCCAGACAAGAUUGCGUACAUUUAUUACCAAACAUCUUACAGUCCACGAUUGAUCUCUGGGAUUCGAAAAAUCUAUUUUAUAAAAUUGGAUUUGUUUCAUCCGUGGCAGCAAAUUUAAAGAUAUGUCAAAGAGAAGACUUUUUGGAUUAUGCAAGCAAUGUUGUGUCAUUUUUAAGAUUCGUUCAAGCCUCAAAUUCCAGUAGUAAAAGUACCGCUAUACAUAAGCUUCUUUCAAAGUGCUAUGCAAGAGUAGGAUUGCUUUUAGUUCCUAUUAAAGCAUCCUCCAGUUGGAAAUAUGACCCUUUUAUUCCAGACUCUUUUCAUUCUUUACCCCAAGACACCGAAAUAUCCGUACAUACUUACUUGGAGGAAAUUAUAGACUUUCUGCUUUCUUCAGUUGAAUACAGUGAUACUUUUGUGCGGUGGUCUGCUGCAAAGGGCCUAGCCAGAAUUGUAGAACGUCUUCCCUGGUACUUGGCCGAACAAGUGAUUGACGCUGUCAUUGUUUUAACACUUGAUAACACCUUUCUAAAUCCAAUUUAUAACACUGUUAAUGUAUCAAUUACUUUUCCAGAUCUUUGGCAUGGUUCUAUUCUUUUUUUUGCUAGAUUGGCAAACAUGAGACUUCUAAAAUAUAAAACAAUUUUGCAUAUUCUUCCCCUCAUUGAACUAGGUUUAUCUUACGAAAUUCGCGUUGGAACACGCGUUUCUGGUCAGAGCAUUCGCGACGCUUCUUGUUAUUUCAUAUGGUCUCUAUACAGAUCCUAUUCUCGUAAAGAUAUUGAGCCUGUUCAAUUGAACAUUGUAAUCAAUUUGCUUCAAACCGUAUUAUUUGACAGAGAAGUCAAUAUUCGCAGAGCAGCAACAGCCGCUUUAUUUGAAAUAGUCGGAAGGCAUGCUUCUGUACCUGAUGGUUUAAAUCUUAUUUCAUUGCUUAACUAUACCUCUGUAUCUGAUAUUUCGAACUGCUAUUGCGUGUAUACAUUAGAGGUUGCCAAAAACCCGCAUUUUCGUACUUGCAUUUAUCAAAAGUUAUUGCAGAAUUUGCAUCAUUUUGAUUCCAAAAUUCAGAACCUAUCAGAUGCAUGUCUGUAUAGAUUAUUUUCAAUAUACAACGAGGAAGCUCCGAUGAAUCUGCCUUUUCUUAAAGACCGACUUUCGACCGGAAAUAUUGAUCAUGCUUAUGGUGAUUUUCUCGCCAUUGGUAGCACCCUGAGAUGCUUAUUAGAUCAAGAUUAUUCGAUGGUUAUUGACGAAGUUGGACCUUUACUUGAGUAUGGCACUUACAUGCCGGUUGAUAGGUUUUCUCGUUCGCAAAAAACUAAACUACUUUCUGGAGUUUGUAGAUUGAUAAACUCAGUUUUCUCUUCUAGGUGCGAAUUUGAAAAAAACAUAACGGAUCUUGCCUUCAAUUGUAUAAGAACUGCAAUUUCCCUUCGAGAGGAAUGCAUAACUGAGGAUAUAUCCAGUGCAUUCAACUCUUUGAUACAACACGACUCAUCAGGAAGUUACCUAUCUGAAUUGAUGUCUUCAUAUAACAUAAAUUCUUCUCCAGAAGAAUUCUCAACAAUCGUUUCUAUAAUUGAAAAACUGCCUGAUAUCGAUAUGUCUCAUCAAGAAAGUAUAGUUUUGUAUUUGAAAACGGCAUAUUGUUCAAAGAACAUAUCUAUAGAAUUACAGUCUUCAAUCGUUUCGGCCUUUAAAGGCCUAUGCCAAAGUGUGUAUAAGAAGUCAACGAUUAAUACCAUAAAUGAGUUUACCACAUUCCUUAUUUCAAUUUCGUAUAACUACAAAGUUGAUACAAGAGGAGAUGUAGGCUCAUGGGUAAGAAAACAAUCAUUGCUUGUAUUUAAUAGAUUGAUCACGUUGGAUUCGCAAUUCCAAAAACUUCUAAAGUCUCAGGUUAGCUUAAUCUUUUCUUUUAUGGUCCGUCAAGCAUUCGAUAAAAUUGACAAUCUUCGUUUAUUGGCCUUACAAUGUUUAAAUGACCUAAGAAGACAUCCAGUGCUAAAAUAUGAUGAAGGGUUACAAAAUACCAUUCAAAAUUCAUACACUUGCGAGAUAGAAUCUUUUAAAAAAUUUAAAAAAGAGGAUUCGAAGAUCCGAUUCCUUGAAUGUCCCGCUUUUCGUGAAGAUGCUUUUAAGGGUAUAGUGACUUUUACAGGAAAUGGCUUUGGUGAUGGAAAGGUAUUUUUUUGCUAUAAUGGUUACAAACAUUAUGUUCGUAAAUUGAUUGAUUUCAGAGAUGAAAGUCAUUCAGAACAUGAGCUGUCGAAACAAGAUAUUUUCGAGUUAUAUAUAAAAUUUUUAACGUCUAAGGAAGAGGAUAAUCGUUCUUAUUACCAAGUAGUGUCGUCUUUUACGUCCUUAUCGCUCAGUGGUAUAUUUGAAAAGUUUAUUUCUUCAAAACCUGUUAUUCGUGUAGCUUUUCUAGCUCAACAAAGAGCUACGAAAUGUACUUCAACAGCAGGAGUUAUUAUUAUUCUUAAUAUGCUAAGGAGUUUUUUGAUAUCCAAAUACAAAACCUUAGCAUUAUACUCCUUAAAGUACACAUCUAACUUUCUUGCUCAUUCUCGAGAAAAUGUAAGGCUGCAGGCUGCUGACAUUAUUUUCUUUGCUAUUCAAGCAAAGAUUACUUCUUUUAUUCCCGAGGAAAUCAUAGUGGAAUUUGUUUCUUUAGAUUGGUAUGCACCUUCGCGUACGAAUGCUAAAUUCGUCAAAGGAUUUAGACAGCUUAUCCAGUUGAAAAUUGAGCAGGAUGAACAGUCUUCAAAAUAAGAAGGAGUUGAAUGUCCAUAAUUUACAGUAUGAUCAUCUAAAUUAAUAGGAUACAAUAGUUAUUUAAUUUUUU